GUAUAUUACCUAUACUAUCAAGAAUUAUUCAAAAGCAUCAAAUCGUUAACAAAGUGUGCCCUAAAGAAUAAAACAUAAAUCACUGUAAAAAAUCAUAGAAACUAAAGGAAAAUAGGUAAAUACAGAAGUGGUGCCAGUAAUAAUCGGAGCACUGGGGUGAGUCCCAAACUGGGAGAGUGGCUCCACCACAUUCCAGGUACAACAUUGAAAGUCUCUGUCCAGAAGAGUGCAGGCUUGGAACAGCUAAGAGAUUGUGCAGAACCCUCAACUCCCAGACCUCUGGAGGACCUGAGCUUGAGGAUGACACAUACCACCCCACCAAGCGUGAGUAUGUAAAUUAAUGAUCUGAGAUGCUGCAUUGACAUAGGCCUACUUUUUUUGUGUGUGACAUUUUUGGAGCAUCACUGACAGUUGUGUGGGUUUGAAUGUGCACAACAUGCUUUUAUAUAGUGAUCCCAUGAGUUGGUCCGACAGGUCUGCACGUUUUUAUCUUCAUCUUUCUGCUGUCAUAAUUGAGCCAUCUCCCAUUCUUCCUGUUUGUGAACACACAUUGUACUUGCUAAUUGAAAGCCUUGUCUCCUGUCUGCAUGCCUGUACUGAUGGGGAUCUAGGCCACCUCAGCUUUUCAUGCUUGGCUCACCAGUCUUACGUACAUCUAACAUUGUUGCAAGGUCGCCGAACUUGUCACACCACCAUAAACACCUAUUUGAAAUAUGUGCAGAUAUAGUAUGAACAUUCCUUGGGGAUCCAAAGAUGACAGCUUUCUGUAGAUAUGGUACUUAAUGUUUUACAGCUUUAAAUCUCCACUACUGCAAGACUUAAAUGUUACAACAGGCUUUUGUUUUUUGUUUUAACUGUGGUCAUGUCUGUAAUCCAUGAUUGGAGCAGCAGGGAGGUCAGGUGCGCUGAGUUCAAAAUUUCCUCCUCUCCAUGCACUACCAGGCCUGUUGAAGUACCUUUGAGCAAAGCACCAGCUCCCAGUAUUUAAAAACCAAUUUGCUUAGAGGUGGGCAACCAAAAAAACAAUUUCCUUGCUGAGGGCAACAAAGACGCUUCAGUGUUUGUGAUCACAUCUCUCCACUUUUGUAAGGAUCUGUGAACUUGCUCCCUCUGCUGGAGAAUUACUUUACUGCAAGUCAAAUAAACGGCUAACGCGGUGCAUCAUCCUUCUGUUCUGGGUAAGUCACAAAAUAUUACGUGCAUGUUGCAGUUGGUGAUUUUGUGCCAAAAUGCUGGAGUCUGCUACAGAGCGGCGCCACCAACAGUCUGAGUCCGGUCCAAAUGUAGGCUGCAAGUGGCCCCACCACUGCUGAUCUCGGUUGCCCCAACCGUGACAUCAGCCCUCUCUCUGGUCAUUGGCUGCUGACUGUCAGGCCAUCCUCUUCACGACAUGUAAAACCUCAGCGUGUUCACACUCCCAGUGAGAGCUCAGACACGUCUCUGUGGCCUGCCAGACUGUUUGAGUUCGGCACUUGCAAACAUGUGCAACACAGAGGACUUGUUAACUACAGUGGCCUGAUGUUGUUGCUGUUGCUGGCCGCUUUUCAGGAGAUCAUUUGGUAGAAUGAAAUGAUUCAGAAAAAGGAUGAAUGUGCUUAGGAUUUACAUUUUUGAUUGUCAUCAUGCCCACUUUCCAGCAGCCUAUGCUCAGGCGUUUGCAUUUGUGUAAAAACUGGGUUUCAAACAUAGAGCACAUAGGCCUAACGUUAAUACUUUGCUCUUGAGAAAUGACUAGUGUUGAUUUGCCUAGAGAAUAGGCAUGACUGCGCGUUUUAGUUGAGGCUUUCUGUGAAGGGAUCAUUUAUUGUGUAGCGUAGGCUAUAUGAAAUGCUAAAACAACAUGAAGUGUGGAGUGGGUCCUGCGGUUGUCUCAUUUUACUAUUUUACUUGUCAUGCCACUUUAAAUCUUAUUCCAAAAACAUCCCUCAGAAGCCCCCCCCCCCAACUCCAAAUCACCUUCUUCUCUAAUCCUAAUUUGCACACAAGAAGAUCGCUAAAGGACUGCCUGUGCCGAAGGAAAGGGUCCUAAGGGUCAGACAGGGUUAUUGGGGAAUAACUCUUCAUCCAGCGUUAGGUAGGGACCGUCUGGAUUAGUGAUGCAAAUGUCCCAUACGCUAUCUGAUCAAUGGCUAGGAAAAAUCCACCUUCUAUUUUCUGAUGGAGGAACAUGACUCGGAGGAAUUCUCUCUUUGAAAUGAUCCGGGGAACUAAACAAAAGUCAUCCUGUUUUAUAUUUAGCUGAUUGAAAAUGCAGGAAAAAGUGUGCAAAUUACAAUAAUGAUUCACUAUGACCUGAUAGCAUCCUAUCAGCGACCUAAAUCAUACAUUGAAUUAGCCUAAAUGGAAAAUUAGACUACAAGUUUGUCACUUUCUUAUUUGCAGGUAUCUAUAUCGUCGCAUCUAAUUCUGCGACUAAAGGUGCACAGAUGUGGGAAAAUGGAAAUAAUAUCCCUGAUCAUCGUAAAAGUUAGGCCUACGCAUCUACCGGCAGCUGAUCCCUAAAUAAAUGAUCUUCCGAUACUUGUCGUGGCAGUGUGACCCCAUUUUAAAUGAAACUGUUAAAUAACACUUUUGAGGCAAUGCCUGUCGACUUCCGUCUCAGUAAUGGUCCUUCUGUUUCAGGGAGAUAAAUAUUGAUUCAAUCACUUUGUGAAAACAUGAAUUUCUUCCCCAAGAGCAAGCAGUAUGGGCCUUUUUUCUCUCUCUCUUAUCAAACUGACAAUUUGCCAUCCACUAAUCCCCCACAAUCAGCUGGGCAUUAGAUAGGCCGAGUUUUCUGACCAGAAAUUCAAGGGAUCACUGUUACACUUUUCCUAUAGGAUUAAACAGAUCUUCCUUUGCUCUUGAAAGGAGGCAGGGAACCUACCGUUGCCCGGCCCUGAAGGCCCAGGGUGCCCUUUUGAUCAUUUCAGUCUCUCCUUGGUACAAUACUUCUGAUUGGCCGAGAGAGUAAGAAGGGGGAAAAUCUUUAAUUAAGCAGAUAAUCUCUUGUUGGGACAAGAGCAGCUCCAUUUCAGAGUCCCCUCCUUAAAUCUUGGAAGCCCUGGUGAAGUUUCAUGUGCUGGUAGCUCAGUUUCCUCUCCAUCGUUUGACUGUCUGCAGGCUUUGGACAGGCUCAGAGUCACCAUCAUCACCCUCAGCUGACAGGAUGUUCAUGCAUUUGGAGGUUUUUUAUUACAUUUUCAUUCUCCUGACUCACAUGAGGUCAUACUGCUGUUGGUCAGUGAAUAAUUUCUUGAUGACUGGACCCAAGGCAUACCUGAUCUACUCCAGCAGUGUGGCAGCAGGAGCACAGAGUGGUAUUGAGGAGUGCAAAUACCAGUUUGCAUGGGACCGCUGGAACUGCCCCGAGCGAGCUCUGCAGCUGUCCACGCACAGCAGCCUCCGCAGCGCAAAUCGGGAGACAGCAUUCGUCCAUGCCAUCAGCUCCGCUGGAGUCAUGUACACUUUAACCAGGAACUGCAGUCUUGGAGACUUUGACAACUGCGGCUGUGAUGACAGCAGGAAUGGACAGCGGGGUGGUCACGGCUGGCUCUGGGGCGGCUGCAGUGACAAUGUUGGCUUUGGCGAGGCCAUCUCCAAACAGUUUGUGGAUGCCUUGGAGACUGGGCAGGAUGCACGGGCGGCUAUGAAUCUCCAUAAUAACGAGGCUGGACGCAAGGCUGUGAAGGGGACCAUGCAGAAAACAUGUAAGUGCCAUGGGGUAUCAGGAAGCUGCACCACUCAGACCUGCUGGCUGCAGCUGCCAGAUUUCAGGGAGGUGGGGAACUAUUUGAAGGAGAAGUACCACAGGGCUCUGAAGGUGGAUCUCCUCCGAGGAGCCGGGAACAGCGCUGCCAGCAGGGGGGCCAUCGCCGAGACCUUUAGCUCCAUCUCUCGCAAGGAGCUGGUACACCUCGAAGACUCCCCCGAUUACUGCCUGGAAAACCGCACGCUGGGCUUGCCGGGCACAGAGGGCCGCGAGUGCCUUAAGAAGGGCAAGAACUUGACCAAAUGGGAGAAGCGGAGCUGCAAGAGGCUUUGCGGGGAGUGCGGGCUGGCUGUGGAGGAGCGCAAAGCUGAGAUGGUGUCGAGCUGUAAUUGUAAAUUCCACUGGUGCUGCGCGGUCAAGUGUGAGCAGUGCAGGAAGACAGUGACCAAGUACUUUUGUGUAAAGAGAGGAGGCCAGAGGGGAAGGAACGAAAGUGCCAGUAGUCGCCGGAAGAACCUCAGACUGAGGAAGAAGCACUGAGAAUCUUCAUCACUUCUCCCCUGUUGUCGUCAUAUCUGUACCGCUGCAGCUCCUGUCAGCACUCAGACUCUCUGUGCAUUUUCAAAUAGACAGAAACUUAGCAAAAAUGCAACUUCAGCAUUUUCAUUGUCAAUUUUGUAUUAGGAAGUUAAUUGUGUGAUGUGCACAAAGCCACAAGAAAGAGAACAUGGGGGGGGCUUACAACUUUGUAGAUUUUUUUGGUAUAAAUGUAUUUAAGAUAUAUUUUUAUACUUUUUACAACAUUUUGAAAAGUCACUGGGCAUUUGAAUAGUAUUUUCUCUGACUUACACAUUCUCCAACAAGAUUUAUUUAUUUUUUUAGUUAGUUUUUGAGCGAUAGAUAUUCGGACUACUGGAGCAAUGGCAUAAUUAUUUUUUAAAAUAAUAAUUUUCAAUAACCCAUCAGGUUGUAUUCCCACGACUGCCUAAGACUGUCAGCAUAGCAGUAAUCUUCGUCUAUUCCAACUAUCACUGCCGAACUUUUUGACAUUUUUUGGGGAACCUCUGGUCUCCCGUCAUCUGGCUUGCCCUGACCUUUCCUGCCCUCUUGAUGUAUUUAAUUGUAUAUAAAAUCAAGCACUUUGUACUGUACAUUGUUAAUUUAUUGCACAGCAUCUCCUAGUUUUGCUUUAUUAUUAGUUGCCUUUGUGGUUUGUUUUCUAAUAAAAUGUAAUGAAAUAAUAAUAAAUCCGUCAAUCAUAUAUCAUUGGACCUGAAGAAAGUGUUCAUCCUUCUUUAACAUACCCCUUGAGACAGUAAUACAUGAUGGUUUGCAGUAAACACAACCUUACUCUUCACAUUGUUCACAUUG